UGGCUGUCUUUUCAAUGUUGAUUAUCCCACGAGGCGUCGCUUCAUGAUGCCAUGAGGUUGGAAAUUGUAUCGAUGAAGCCAAUGACCUAUGUGGCUCUUUGCGCUUUCCUGAAUUCCAGCUACUACUGACGCUUGUCCUUGAACAUGCUCACUUUCGUGGAAAAGGGUUUAAAGCUCCUUUUCGAGUUAAGUAUGCCAUUGAGCUUCAUCCACGUACGAGGCUUGGAAUCACAAGCGCAGAGUCAUGGCCGAGUCCACACCUCCACUUCGUCGGGAUGGCUUCCUCCUUGUAAUGGCUGAUCGCGUGUAUUUCAGGGCUCUUCACACAGAUAGUGUAGCUCUGAGUGUUGGCAGACGACCAGUCGAAGCAAGCGAGAUAUUUCUGCUGUUGUGAGCUUGUCGUGCUUAUCAUCAAAAUGGCAUUCCUUUGUCAUUGUUUUCUCCUGCCAUGGCCUGCGAGCUAUGUCGACCCAGCUAAAGGAAAUGAGACAUUUCUGGUGUCUUCCCAAGGGUUGUUGAUGCGGCUGAGAAGUUGCUCUAGAGAGAAAUCCCGAGACAUUUGACUUGAUCCGAAGGCAAAGUUCUCUCAGUUCAACUUCCACGCUGCAUCUGUCCGCUGUCAAACGGUUGACCUCUGCGAAAGGCCGUCUUGGCCCUGCAGUCAACCAGAUGUCGUGCUUCACGUCCUUUACUUCGCGACCGCUGUUCGAACUUGGCAGAGAUCCAUCUGGCGGAAAUUGACAUGCGGCGAUGGUGAGCUGGGCCUCGCCAAGUCCACCUUCUCUAUAGUCUUGAGAGAUGUCCUUCCGCAUGCGUCGGAUUGCGCCGGAGCGCGAAAAUGUCUCGUGGCGCCGUGGCCGCAUUCAUCGUGAUGUUUCCUUGUCGCUCAUCGGCCGCACCCAACGGCCAAGGCCAUCCGUCCGACGCCACGCCGCCAAGCGGUAGCCAUGCGUGCCAUGGAAAUGCUCCCUCCACCGGCUCAAAGACUCUGUUGAAGGGUUGGUCGCGAUGCAAGUCUUCCGGGAUAUCGGUCCCCGUCCCCCGCGGCCGAUGCCAUUCGAUAUGAGCCUUGCAGCCGCAUGUGCUUUGAUAAAGACCUCCUUCCUCCCUAGGCAAUCAGCCGGUCAGCGUGCCCUUGGAGUACUCAAUUCGCGACGAUUUUGCUGUUUGCCGCGUGGUCCUUGGCAGCAGCAUUGGGAUGCAGGACAAGCCAAGGGGGCUCUGUUUUCCUCCAGUCUCCUUCUCAGACUCCAUCUGAUUCCUCUCCUCCCCGGGAGUCCGCCGUCAAACGGAAAUCCCGCCGCUCGAUCGAGAACGCGGUCGACAUUCCUCCGAGCACACAGCUUGCUUCCCGUCUGCAGGUGUAGAUUGCUCCUCCGAAUGGUGAAGAGGGGGAGAGCAAGCCUGCAAGUCUUUAAUGCAACGGCCUGGCUAAAAAGACGUGCAUGGUCGCAUUCUCCAAGAGGGACAAAGGCUUACGAAUCGUCCACAUAUUUGUCGAGUAGCCUAUCGAAGAAGGCCGCCAAGGAAUUAAUCGAAUUCCUCUAGAAUUCCCCUGGAAUUCGAGAAUUUAGCCAAUGUCCCAUGCGGUCGGUAUAAGAUCUCCCCUGGGUUCAGGCACGAAAGGGAGAAAAAAAGGGGGGGAAAGAUCAGGAACCGGAAAGGAUUGUUUUCUACCAGUCCCAAGUCGCGUGCGGUGUCUCUCUUCUUUUAGGAACAAGCACCAGCACCGAAAGCAGGUUUUCUCGAUGACCUGGAGGCUGUUUUUUUGUUUUUUUCCUGAGCUGUUUGUUGUUUCUCAGUCGGCCGUCACCGGUUUGAUCGUGGUAAGGCGAAAAGAAGAAAGAGACGUUUACGAGAGGAAUUGAGGAGAAUCAAGGAGAACACGAGGGCAGGAGAGGAGGAAACUUGCACCCGAUGCAGCACCUGCCUUGGCUGUCACCGGAUCCCCAAUAGCGAUCCAGCUGGGCGCCCUGCAGCGGCAUCUACGGCAAGCACAGCCCCCGGGGGCCUCCACGUCAGCGAACUGGGCCACCCCGCCGCACCCGGACGGGCCCUAAGCUACAAAAAUGGCCCGAGGACGACCCCUCCCCCGCGCCGUCCCGCCGUCAGCCUCAACAUUGACAUCGACACACACCACAACUUUGACCUCGACCUUGACCUCAACAUCGAGCUCGCCGAGACGACUGUCCUUUCUGAUCUUCAAACUUCUCGCUCUCACAGCAUUCAUCCAGCCCGUCAUGUCUCAAGGCUGGGUCAACGCCGUCUACUACCCCAAUUGGCGGGUGUACAAGGGUCAGACACCCGCCUCGAUGCCCGUCAAUGCCGUCACUCACGUCAUGUACGCCUUUAUCAAAGUCAACACGGACGGGUCGCUAAAGCUCAUUGACGACUGGGCCGAUACCCAGAUUCCAGUCGACGGGACAAAGGGCUGUCUCUCGGCCACAGCCAAGCUCAAGGCCUCGAAGCCGAGCAUCCGCACCCUCGUAUCCGUCGGCGGUGGCACGGGCAGCGCCGAGUUCCCGGCUCUAGCUGCCAACCCUACCGCCCGCGCUCGUUUUGCCAAGGAGAUCAAGGCCUUUUGCGACAAGUGGCAGCUCAACGGUGUUGAUAUUGACUGGGAACACCCAAGCGACGCCAAGCAGGGCAAAGACUACAUCAGCCUCCUCAGCGACGUCCGCCAACAGAUGCCAGCGGGUAAGUACCUCAUCACAUCAGCCCUGCCGCCGGGCCAAUGGGUGCUCAAGAACAUCGACCUCAGACGAGCCGCCUCGCUCCUCGACUACCUGAACCUCAUGUGCUACGACCUCACGGGACCCUGGACCGACGUCUCGGGCAACCACGCGCAGCUCCUGGCGUCGAAGACGCUGGUGAGCAACAACCCGAACCUCAAGAUCGCCUGCGCCGACGGCAUCACCUACGUCACGAGCAAUGGGUUCCCGAGCCGGAAAGUGCUGCUCGGAAUCCCGGCGUAUGCCCGAACCUUUCCUAAUGCGAAAGGGCCGGGCGGAUCGACAAAGGGGUCUGCUGAGGUUGAUUACUGCGACAUGUCGAAUGAUAGUGUUGAUAAGGCGACUGUGGACACGACUGCCGCGGCGGCUACUUAUGUUGAUCCCACGUAUGGGUUCAUGACUUUUGAUGUGCCGAGAUCGGUGGCCAUCAAGGCCCAGUAUGCGAAGAGCAAGGCUCUUGGUGGGUUAUUUUACUGGACUGGCGUGGGAGACCGGAAGGGGAGGCAAAGUCUGGUCCAGGCUGGGUUUAAUGAACUCAAUGGCAUCAAAUGAGCCUAUUUCACGUGGUGGCGGGUUGGAAAGACUCGCGGUGUACUUCAACAUGGAUUCUGGUACAUAUCCUGGCUGUGGAUACGCCAUGGAAAGGCAGCUGGAUUGAAAAGGCUUGCCCAUAGAUAUAGAGGUAGCCAUGAAUACGAAUAAUGAACAUAAAAUACCAAGG